UUGCGGGGUGCAGCUGGGAUAGUGUCGGGCUCUACCUCUCUCCCUCUCCCUCACAUGCAUUUUCUCUUUUUAAAACCACACCGCCAGCAGUGAUAGCCAACAGUUCUACUUCGGGGAUUUGUGCGCUUCUUAUUUCCGUGAUAAAAAGAAAACGAAUCUCCUCGCCGCCAUUUUUAGGGAUCAACCUAUGAAGAGAAACUUUGUGCCUGACAUUAGCAGCGGCACCCUAUUAGCCAACAGCCUGGAGCGCCGUGACAGCGGGCUAGUGUAUAGCCCUGACAGUGCUCUUUUAGGCCGAUUUAGCUCUAAUUAUUCCACUGAUCCAUCGCUAAAGAUGACGCAUUUAAGGGGACGAGUGGAGUGACACGUUUAUGGAGACUUAAAUUUGGGAAAUUUGUAUUGAAAACGAUUGUACAGUUAAGAUUAGCAAAUUAGCACUAGCAAGUCGUUGGCUCCUUGAUUUCUCUGCACUGCCUCAUCUGUGAUUUAGCGGCAGUCGUGUUUGCCUUUACCGGAUUAUUACAACGGGCGUCCAGACCAGGGUCUGAACAAGGCGCUGAUGAGGUGGUUCCUAAGCCCCACACAUUUCUGCAGAUGAAUCUUCAGCUGCUUUGGCGAUACUCAGCUCCCAGAUAGUCCCAUCCACUCAGAGUGGGUAAAGGGACUAUAUUACCCACAAUGCCCUCCUCUGUCAGGGCAGGAAGUCUGAAGGAUCCUGAGGUGGCAGAGCUGUUCUUUAAAGAAGACCCAGAGAAACUUUUCUCUGACCUCCGAGAGAUCGGCCAUGGCAGCUUUGGCGCCGUUUACUUUGCACGAGAUGUGCGCACCAACGAGGUGGUGGCCAUCAAGAAAAUGUCUUAUAGUGGGAAACAGUCUAAUGAGAAAUGGCAGGACAUCAUAAAGGAGGUGAAGUUUUUGCAGAAGAUUCAGCAUCCCAAUAGUAUUGAGUACAAGGGCUGUUACCUCCGAGAGCACACAGCAUGGCUGGUCAUGGAGUACUGUCUUGGCUCGGCCUCAGAUCUACUAGAAGUCCAUAAAAAGCCCUUACAGGAAGUAGAGAUUGCGGCAAUAACUCAUGGAGCUCUGCAGGGGCUCGCUUACCUUCAUUCCCACAACAUGAUCCACAGAGAUGUGAAGGCCGGAAACAUCCUUCUGACCGAACCAGGGCAGGUCAAACUUGCAGAUUUUGGCUCCGCCUCAAUCGCCUCACCUGCCAACUCUUUUGUGGGGACGCCAUAUUGGAUGGCCCCAGAGGUGAUCUUGGCCAUGGAUGAGGGCCAGUACGAUGGAAAGGUGGAUGUCUGGUCUUUGGGGAUCACCUGUAUAGAGUUAGCGGAAAGAAAACCUCCCUUGUUUAACAUGAAUGCAAUGAGUGCCUUAUACCAUAUAGCGCAGAAUGAGAGCCCCACACUGCAGUCCAGCGAAUGGUCAGACUACUUUAGGAACUUCAUCGACUCUUGCCUUCAGAAAAUCCCCCAGGACCGGCCUCACUCUGACGACAUGCUGGGGCAUGCGUUUCUACAGCGGGAGCGUCCGGACUCGGUGCUGAUGGACCUGAUUCAGCGGACCAAGGACGCGGUGCGAGAGCUAGACAACCUGCAGUAUCGCAAAAUGAAAAAGAUUCUUCUUCAAGAGGCACACAACGGCCCCACAGCUGAAACCACUGAUGCGGACGAGGAGUUAGAGCCAGGAGGUGGCAGAACAGGGACUGUGAACAGCGUUGGCAGUAACCAGUCCAUCCCCAGUAUGUCCAUCAGUGCCAGCUCCCAGAGCAGCUCAGUCAACAGCCUGAACGAGGCGUCCCAGGACAACCGCAGUGAGCUGGACCUCAUCGAAGGGGACCACACCGUCAUGUCCAACAGCUCCGUCAUCCAUGUCAAACCGGAGGAGGAGAAGAGCGUCCCAGGGGAGCCAGCAGAGAGCAGUGAGCCCACAGAGCCCCAGGACACACCAACCCCGGCCCCCAAGAAACACUACCGCAACAGGGAGCACUUUGCCACCAUCCGCACCGCUUCUCUCGUGACCCGUGAGAUGCAGGAACACGAGCAGGACUCUGAGCUUAGGGAGCAGAUGUCAGGAUACAAACGAAUGCGACGGCUGCAUCAGAAGCACCUGUUGGCGCUGGAGAACAAACUGAAGGGAGAGAUGGACGAGCACCGGCUGAGGCUGGACAAAGAGCUGGAGUCUCAGAGGAACAAUUUCAGCUCGGAGAUGGAGAAACUGCUCAAGAAACACCAGGCAGCACUGGAGAAGGAGUUGAAGACCUUUGCCAACGAGGAGAAGAAGUUCCAGCAGCACAUCCAGGGCCAGCAGAAGAAGGAGCUGAGCAGUUUCCUGGAGUCUCAGAAACGAGAAUACAAACUGCGCAAAGAACAGCUAAAAGAGGAGUUGAGUGAGAACCAAUCAACUCCCAAAAAGGAGAAGCAGGAGUGGCUGUCCAAGCAGAAGGAGAAUAUCCAGAACUACCAGGCGGAGGAGGAGGCCAAUCUACUGAGGAAGCAGCGUCAGUAUUUGGAGCUUGAGUGUCGGCGUUUUAAACGGCACAUCCUCAUCAACCGACACAAUGUGGAGCAGGACCUGGCCAGAGAGGAAUUGAACAAGCGGCAGACGCAGAAAGACCUGGAGCAUGCCAUGUUGCUGCGGCACCAUGAGUCCAUGCAGGAGCUGGAGUUCAGACACUUGGGCACGAUCCAAAAAGCCCGGGCUGAGCUGAUCCGCACCCAGCACCAAACUGAGCUCACCAACCAGCUGGAGUACAACAAGAGGAGGGAGAGAGAGCUGCGUCGCAAACAUGUCAUGGAGGUCCGGCAGCAGCCCAAGAGCCUGAAGUCCAAGGAACUCCAGAUCAAAAAGCAGUUUCAGGAGACGUGCAAGACCCAGACCAGACAGUACAAGGCCCUGAGGAACCACCUGCUGGAGACCACGCCCAAGUCUGAGCACAAGGCUGUCCUCAAGAGACUCAAGGAGGAACAGACCAGGAAACUGGCCAUUCUCGCAGAGCAAUAUGACCACUCUAUCAACGAGAUGCUCUCCUCACAAGCUCUGCGUUUGGACGAGGCGCAGGAGGGUGAGUGCCAGGUCCUGAGGAUGCAGUUGCAGCAGGAGCUGGAGCUGCUUAAUGCCUAUCAGAGCAAGAUCAAGAUGCAGACGGACGCUCAGCACGACAAGGAGAGGCGCGACCUGGAGCAGAGGGUGUCUCUGCGGAGGGCUCUACUGGAACAGAAGAUUGAGGAGGAGAUGCUAGCGCUGCAGAAUGAGCGCCUGGAGAGGAUCCGCUCUCUGUUGGAGCGACAGGCGCGGGAGAUCGAGGCCUUCGACUCAGAGUCUAUGCGCCUGGGCUUCAGUAACAUGGUCCUGAGCAACCACGGGGCACAGGGAGGUGCUCAUUGGCCCGCUGGAGGAGGGGGCCACAGUCAACAUCAGGGAGGCUCCAGCUCACAGCAGCCCUGGGGACACCCCAUACUCUCAGGGGGGCCUCCUCCCUGGAGCCUGCACCCCCCUGGGGGUGGGCAGAGGGGCGGGGCCGGGGUGAGGAACAGCCCACAGGCCACGAGGAGGACGUCAUCAGGGGGCAGGAGUGAACAGGCUAUGAGCAGGAGCGCCAGCAUCACCUCCCAAAUCUCCAACGGGUCCCACCUGUCCUACACUUAAACACACCUGCCACUCUUAGGAUGUUUAUGACACAGUUCAGGUUAACUGACAAAGGUAUUUACCAUGAACAGUUUUAUACUAAAAUUGACAAAAGCUCCAUAGCAAAUCCUGAUUAAAAGCCAAAGUUAUACAAAAAGUACCUCUUAAAACAUUGAACAUACUAAAUUCCCAAGUAGGUAUACAAUUUUACUAAAUAAAGCUUAUUCUGGAUAGGAGACAUUGUCCUAAUUUUAGCUGCCUUCACAUAAAUGCUGCCUGUCCUGAUCCUCUGCCUCAGAAAGUGUCAGCACGAGCCUGUGGAAACCUGAAAGCCUUGCAUCUGUUUGCUGUAGGUGCCAGUGUUUUAAUACUAGCUCAAACUGCUUUUGGUGUUCUUUUGCCAUGUACAUCUCUGUUGCCAUAAUGCCAGUAUAGUGUAGCCUUGCUGUACACUUGCAAUUUUUCUAGACUUAACCUUGUAUUUGGAGUGCAGUGAUAUAAAUUAGAUUAUAUUGUAAAGCUGUGGUGUUUUAAUGCUUGUUCAAAGUUUAUUAUUACUGAAACGACUGAAAGAUGCUCUUGGUUCAUAAAAACGGUCAAAGUAAGGACCUGAACAAGGACUAGAGAGAAAUAGCAAGUGCUCUCACCAGCAGUUAAUCUCUGCUUUGCAUUGGUAUUCGAUAUUAUUCUGCUAAAGCUGUGCAGGUUGAAGUUGUGACGAUGCCAUAAAUGCUUUUUUGCCAACGUAUUGCUGUGCUUCAAAAAGAUUGUGCCAGGAAUGUGAGAAUGAAUGUAGACAGAUACAUAUUAAGCUAUACCUCGGCUUUUGGGUUUCCACUGUCCAGAAGAGAGCCAGUACUCGUAGUCUAUGAAACCUACAACAAAAUGUGAAAUUAGAAAAAUAGUUUACUAGAAGCACACUCAUCCAUCUCCGCACAUGAGCUGACUGAUUAUGCUAACGCCAAAGAGGACUGGCCCUUUUCUGGUAGGACAACUCGUGAUGCAGUGGGACCCUGGACGGUGAUGGUGGUGCUGGAUCCCCAAUGCCAUGCCCCAGUGCCCUCCCCUGCUCUGACUGCCCGCUCUGUCUCACCCCUGGCCUCCACCCCCACCCAUCUCUACACGUGAGACUAUACAGAUGACUAUAAAAAUGUAAAUGAAUCUAUAAGAAGUUUAUAGAGUAUUGAUAAAGGUGGAAGUUUGGUGAAAUGCAGAUGUUAUGCAUUGUAUAUUUGGAGGUGGAAUGUACAUGUAAAUGCUGUCUAUAUUGUAUAUUUUAAACUUGAAAAAAGAAAAAACUAAUGGACAAAUCAAAGCUUGUAACAUGGGCACAGUAUGAUUUAAGCCAACAUUUACAGACACUGGGAGCUCACUCAAACUGUGAGCUCAGAAAUGUGUUCAUUUUUCUGGUUGUAAAUUUGACAACACAACCCUAAGUUCGAUUGCCUUGAAUAAAUGGCAACUUUUGAUAACAUGUUGAGGAUGAUUUUGCACAUAAACUGGAGAUAGGUUGUAGCCUAUGAUUUAACAGUGGCUGCGUUUUAUAAGCAGUUGAAUAAUUGUUAUUUUAGCAACAGCAAAACGUUUGGGUCAAUGCAGGCAGUAUGUCAUUUCUGGCUUGUAUACACUGCUCAGUGUAUUGUAUUUUUUAAAUUUUAGUUUAAUAUAAUAGUUGUAUGUGCUAAAUACAUAUUGACAACAUAACAGGGAGUUUCUGUAAUUACUCAUGGUCACAUCCCUUUUCUAUUGAAAUUGGUCAAAAAGUAAUUUAUCCAUUGUCCAAAGAAAGCCCCAUGAAAGCCAGAAAUGUUUGUAUUAUUUUCAUUUGUCGCUGCAGAGGACCGGGCGGCUUAAGCCCAACUCUUUUGUUUACGUGUACUCCUGGCGUUAUUUUUUUGCAGUCAGGGCAGAGUCUAGCUUUAGACCUUGGCCACUCUGAACUGGAUCAGUUGCACUCAUUGCACAAGUGAUUGACCAGACUAGAGUCUACUGUGAUGACCUCGCCGCUGAGGGGCUGCUACCUUUGGCUGAUGGUCCAUUGGAGGCGGGGUCUCGUUUGUGUACAGUCUAUCAGUAUUCCGUUAUUCUCCGUCACUUGGUGGAUCUUGCUGUUCUUCUCCUUGGUCCAGAGAUCUGUAUUAAACUGUAUUAAAUUGUAUAGAUUGUGCAAAAAGCUGAAUGUCACAUAGAAGAAAAGAGAAGCUAUUCCUACAGAUGACUUUAGUGAUUUAAAAUGUAUAAAAGAAUUACAGAUACAAAGAUUAGGGGGUAAAUGUAAUAUUUUGUUUGUAACUACUAUUUUUGGUUGGAAGAGGGCUCCUCGAUAAAGAAUCAUCUGUAAUAAUAAAGUAAUUUUAAUAUUUCA